GGCUUUCUGUGGCCGAGUGUGGGCCAAACCUUGUGGAUGCAGUUGGUGCCGGAGGCUGGAGUAGUCGGCUACCAGGGUCAUUCCCGCCUUUUAAGUUUGCCAGGCCGGCCUGCCCUCCAGCUGCCUUCUCCACCAGGAAAAAGAACGAAGCUAUACGAAGUGAAAGUGAAGAAGGAAGCUACACAAAAAUGACACAAAGUGAAAAUACGUUCCAGAAAGAGAAGAACAGAUAAAUGGAUACAGAAAAUGUGGUAUAAAUACACAAUGGAAUACUAUCUAUCCAUUAAAAAAGAAUGAAAUCCUGUAAUUUGUGACAACAUGGAUGAAUCUGGAAGACAUUUGUUAAGUAAAGGUUUUGGCUACUAAUGUUACAAACAAUAAAAUAUUGGACCACAGAAUUGAGGACAAGACUUAAACCAGUGCUAAAGCAGUCUACUAAACAAGUGUGAAGAUAGAGGGAGACAAGAUAGCGGACUGAAGCCAGCUUUCAACAGAGGCUCCCGUCCAGAAGGAGAGUUAAGGGACAGGAAUUUAGUAAGUAUCCUGGUGGACUUGAGCCUCACCAAGAGAGAAGGUUGAAGAACGCACAUCAACACCGCUGAGGCAAGUUGUGAUCACAAGGAUGCAAACAAAAGCAGAUUUUUUUUCAGUUACUUAAAAAUAUGGAUCCUGAAAAGGGACCACAGAUUAUCAAAGUGACACCUCUUCAACAAAUGCUUGCUUCUUGUACUGGAGCUAUCCUGACAUCACUAAUAGUGACACCCCUGGAUGUUGUUAAAAUUCGACUCCAAGCCCAAAACAACCCAUUCCCCAAAGGAAAAUGUUUUGUAUAUAGUAAUGGACUUAUGGAUCAUCUGUGUGUCUGUGAACAGGGAGGCAACAAAGCAUGGUAUAAGAAGCCAGGAAAUUUCCAGGGAACACUGGAUGCCUUUUUAAAAAUUGUUCGUAAUGAGGGCAUUAAAUCCUUGUGGAGUGGCCUUCCUCCUACUCUAGUGAUGGCGGUUCCUGCCACAGUUAUUUAUUUUACUAGCUACGAUCAAUUAACUGCUCUUCUGAGAUCUAAAUUAGGAGAAAAUGAAACUCGCAUACCAAUUGUUGCUGGAACUGCAGCCAGGUUUGGUGCAGUUACUGUAAUAAGUCCAUUAGAAUUGAUUAGAACCAAGAUGCAGUCUAAGAAGUUUUCUUACAAGGAGCUGCAUCGAUUUAUCAGCAAGAAAGUAUCUGAAGAUGGUUGGAUUUCCCUUUGGAAAGGCUGGGCUCCUACUAUUCUAAGGGAUGUACCUUUCUCAGCAUUGUACUGGUAUAACUAUGAAAUUUUAAAGAAGUGGUUUUGUGAGAACUAUGGUUUAUAUGAACCAACAUUUAUGAUCAACUUUACUUCAGGUGCAUUGUCUGGUUCUUUUGCAGCUGUUGUAACUUUACCAUUUGAUGUAGUAAAAACACAAAAGCAGACACAACUUUGGACAUAUGCAAGUCAUAAAAUUGUUGAGCCUUUGCGUUUGUCAACCUGGAUUAUAAUGAAGAACAUUGUUGCUAAAAAUGGAUUUUCUGGAUUAUUUACAGGCCUCAUUCCUCGCUUAAUUAAAAUUGCUCCUGCUUGUGCCAUUAUGAUCAGUACUUAUGAAUUUGGAAAGGCUUUUUUCCGGAAACAAAAUUCUCAGAGGCAGCAAUACUAAUGAUGCUGUUUCAACUUGAAAUAACAACUACAGCCAAAUAAGGUGGAGAUGGCAAGAACUUUUUCACUAUAUUUUUAAAAUGAUUUUAUGUCUUUCCUAUAAUUUAAAUAAUUUCUACUCUAUCUCUAAA